UUCAUUAUUGAGAGCUGGAUGGAUUUCGAAACCGGCAAUCGAUGGAAGCAACGGCUUCUCUCGCCUCGGUCCAUGCCAGGCCGGCGAAACGCAACACAUCGUCCGUGGCUCUAAAAUCCAUCGUCGUAGAUCACGAUGCCAAGGUUUUGGUUGGCCCCGGGGAUCGAAUCUUUCGUCAGCCCGGGAAUGUUCGAUUUCAGGUCCGACGUGACCCUCCUGGAGGUUUCGGUCGUCCUUCGACUGCCGUCCGGAUCGAUGGUUGUUUCGUAGACACUGCUGCUGCUGCUCGAAUACGAAUAAUAGUAGUAUCCAGCGUCGCCWCCGCCGGAGCCGAGCAACAGGUUCUUUAGCAGGGUGAGGGCCAGGAGUGCGGAUAUCAGAAACCCGCCCGGGAAGCGCCGCUUGUCCCCUGAGUCGGUUGUCGUUGGCGGCAAUGGCUUGGACGCUUCUUCCGGAARCCGYCGUCCUCGUCUUUGUCUCCCGCCGAUGCGUUUCAUCGAAAACGAUCGUUUUCGUCUGUUCCUUGCAUCGUCCGAACCGYGKGUGUCGGCACCGCUGCCACCGUCCUCCUCCUCGCUCGAACGGCCCCCAAACAGCGGAUSGAACAGGCCCCGGCGGCGGCAGUGCCCAKACGCGUCCGCCGUCCCUGGAUGUCGGACCCGGCCGCUGCCCGSGYUUUGCCACCCGGGACGCAAGCGGUCACCCGGUGCCGGUGCGAGCACGGGGAAUYCGCCCGGGAAACGGCCCGCGGUGGCCCGGCACGGGCCGGAUGGCCGGCGGACACGCAAUCCCCACGUGGUCUGCUGCGGGCUUGGCCGGAAGGCCAGAACCCCGAGCCCAGCCCCGUCCAUCGAACACGGGCCGCCGAUCCCCGCACCSAUCCAUCCCGGUGAAAACUGCAUCGAUGCCAUCCAAACACCGAGCAGCAGCGCAAGGCUAGGGCUCCACAACCGUGCCCUUGACGAGAGGCUAGAAACGGGAGAACGGAACAGUUGAGCGAUCAUUGUGAAGUCUGUUGUAUCUUUGACAAAGCACUCCGGGUUUGAAGUCCUCCCGAUUCUUCUCCUCGUGAAGGAUCCCUAAAUCUUGUGGUUGUACUCUUGUGGUUGGCUCUACAAGGACAAGGACACAGCUUGGGUAUAAUAUUCCGACAGAUCUACUCUGGGUUCGGGCAAAGAUAUCGGUUGACUUCGAUCAAGAUUUUUCUCUGAAUUUAUUCUUCGUGAUUUUACCGGUACCUGGUACGAAUAAAUCAGUCAUCCGAGAAAUCCCUAUAAAGAAAUUAACACGUG